AUGGAUUUGGGAGUUUUUUACAAAUGUGCUUCACCAUCAGGUAACAGUACUGAAAUCCAAAGUUCACUACAACAUAAGACUCAAGGUGACCUUAUUCAAGACAAUGGUACUAUAACCGCAGCCAUUCCUGAAGAAGAAGAAAAGGAAAAUGAGAUCAAACAGCAUGACAAAGACAGCUUCCCUUGUAAGUUGUGUGAUAUAGUUCUAGAAAAGGCUAAUGAAUACUACAAACAUCUCAAAACACACUGUUCUAAGUCAUCUAAUAAAUGCCCAGUGUGCAAAAAUGUUUUCAAGAGGAAGAGCUAUUUGUUUAUGCAUCUAAAGAAUCAUUCGCAGCCUAAGAUUCAUGAUGGUAAAUCUGACAAAAAUCUGACUGAAUCUCAAGAUAAAGUAAAUGAAAAGAAGAAAUCCCUUAGGCAUUCUACAUUACAGAAAACACACGAACACAUUCAAUCAAAUUUACGACCGUUUAAAUGUAAGCAUUGUGAAAAGACCUUCAAACUUAAAAGAUACUUGAAGGAUCACAUGAAAAGAAUACAUUUGAAUGACAGGCCGUUUAAGUGUUCAUACUGCAACAAGGCAUUCAAACAGCUAGCAACUCUUAAAGUGCAUGAACGCAUCCAUUCCAAUGUUAAACCAUACAAGUGUAAAUUCUGCAAUAAGGGGUUUGUGCAAUUUGGUAAUCUCCAGGGGCACGAGCGUGUUCAUUUGGGUUUAAAACCAUACAAAUGCAAGUACUGCAAUAAAGCAUUCACAUUUCAACAUUCAGGGGUCAAACAUGAGCGAAUUCAUACAGGCACUAAGCCAUACAAAUGCACAACUUGUGACAAGGCUUUCUCAGAAAAAGGUGCCUUAAAUAAGCAUAAAACUACCCAUUCGGAUGCGAAGCCUUUUAAGUGUACAAAGUGUGACCAUGCAUUUAAAUGUCACAGUUACCUUGUAAGUCAUCAAAGAAUUCAUUCAGCUGAGAAGCCAUACAAGUGCACAUACUGUGACAAAACCUUUCGAGUAAAAAAUAACAUGAAAAUACAUGAACGCAUUCAUUCAGAUCAAAUGCCUUACAAAUGCUCGAAGUGUGACAAAGCAUUUAAGCAUAAAAGCAUUUUAAAGCUACAUGAGCGUCGCAUCCAUUCUGAUGUUAGACCAUACAAAUGUACAGUGUGCAGUAAAGGGUUCGCAGUAGCUGGAGCCCUUAAAGCACAUCAACUGAUCCAUAUGGGUGUUCGGCCUUAUAAGUGCUCCAAGUGUGACCGAGCAUAUACUUUGCCAGGCAACCUAAACAGACAUGAGCUAUCAGCACAUUCUGGAAGUAGGCCACAUAAGUGUACACAAUGCAAUAAAGCAUUUGCUGAAAAGUCCUCACUUAAAGCUCAUGAGCGCACUCAUAGUGGUUUAAAGCCUUUUAAGUGUGAAACGUGCGACAAGUCAUUUACAGAAAAGUAUACUUUGAAAAAUCAUCAACUAAUUCACCAAGAAAUUACACCUUUCAAAUGUACUUAUUGCGAUAGAACAUUUAAAAGAAAACAGUACCAGCAAAGACAUGAAACCAUCCAUAAAGGUGUUAAGCGAUACAAAUGUAAUCAUUGUGGUAAAAUGUUCCGAGUCUCAGGCGAAUUACGUAAACAUGAGCGAAUUCAUAUGGGCAUUAAACCUUUUAAAUGUAAGCACUGUGACAAAGCGUUCACACAAAGUUACAAUUGUAAAGUGCAUGAACAAGUAGUCCAUGAAGGUGUUCGACCAUUUAAAUGUUCCUACUGUAGCAAGGCAUUUGGCCGACGAGCAUCGCUUCAAUUUCAUGAACUCUCACAUAAAGGCAAAAAACACAAAUGCACUACAUGUAAAAGGUCAUACUGUAGACUUCUUGGCCUUAAACGGCAUAAAUGCAGAGUUUUUAAAGAUUGCAAAUGUCCACAGUGUGGAAAAGUAUUCCUGAAAAAGAUUCAUGUUGAAAAACACAUACGAAUAGUUCACGAUGAAAUAAAAGAGUACCAGUGUACUCACUGUAGUAAAGUCUUUGCGAGACUAAUUACACUUCGUAGACAUGAACGCAUUCAUGUUUCUCUAUAGGCAUUAUAUAUAAACAUAUUUGGCCCUCAAAAAUGUACAGUAUACAAGAGUACUUCAAUGUUAUUAUUGCCAAAGUUAACAGAAAAGUGACAUAAUUGCAUAAGGCUUUUCGCAACUACACAAAAAGAUGGCAAAACAAACAUGGCUGCGGAUAGCAGUGCUAAACAAAAAGCUCCAUGUCCAUAUGUACCCCAUUUCAUAACAGUACUAAGUAGACAUUAAAACAUUUUUCUUUUGUUCAAUUACUUUGACUGUUACAAGGAUUUUAUAAAAAUUUCAAUUAAGUUGGAGUGGUUUUCAUAGAUUGCAAACAAUAAAUCCGUGAAACACUAAUUACUAAAUAGUACGAAAUAGUGCUAAUUAAACAAUAGAAAACAAUGGAAUUUGCAUGAAAUUGUGCUAUUUAGUAUUACUAAAGUUUCACGGUUAUAUUGUUUGUGCUCUAAGCCCAUGAAACAAGAGUACUAACUAGAGUGUUAAUGGUCAGAUAAACACAAUAGAAAACAAAAUAAUUAGAGUGUAAUAGUACUAAAUAAACUAAAGUGUAUUUUAUGCGUUUAAGAAACCACUGUAGUAGGUGGAUGAUUUACUGAAUUAGGAGGCCAUCUGUAUGGCCCUGUAGGUAUUAAUAUUUGUGAUGACAUAAUUUGAUUUUUUUUUUAAGUAGCAAAUCCAGGAUUGGUUCAAUGGCUUCCAUGAAUUGGAACCAUUUUGAAGCCCCUUUUUUCAAAAUUCUGGAUUCGCAACUGUUUAUGCAUGCAUAUGCCCCAGGGGGUAGUCCCCUAUAUUCGAUCUACGCAUACAUGCCGCCAAACAGGGUAUGGAUCAGGGUUUGAGUUUCAGCAAUUAUACUCUGGAACAGGGCAUAUGAAAUCAUGCUCUCUCCUCUCUGGAACAGGGUAUCCAUUUUCGCAAUACCUGAACAGGGUAUGGUUUUCACCGAUCUUGCUCUGGAACAG